AUGAGGGUGUAUGGGGGCCGAGCAAGCGACGAGGAGGCCAACAGCCCCAGGAGGAUCCCUGCUGCGACAGGCGGCGAAACAAGCGACGGUUCGGGAAAAGCUCCUUCCCCGAGUCAAUCUCCCAAGGCGUUGGUGAAGAAGUUUCCGGAAGGGUGGGCGGAGCUCCGCCGCGCGAUCGCGGCUGCCGCAAAAGCGAAGAAGGGUCGUUCUGGCACGCCUCAACCAGGGCCGGCCGAGGACGAGGGUUGGGUCGAUCUGGACUACGAGUGGGCCAACAUGCCGUUCACGGAGGCACCACGGGGUGGGACGAACCCCCUCGAUUUCGUCUUGGACAUGCUCCCCGGCACGCGGCGGGGCAUCUCCGGCGAGGAACUGGACGACGUCUAUGCCAUGAUGCCCCACAUACAGGAAUCUCUGAUGGAAAAGACGGGGUGGGAGGGGAUUGGGACGGGCUACGAAGACACCCCCGUGGGUUUCUACAGGGACACCAACCUAAAACCGUUGAACUGGAGAGACGCCAUGGUGUCCAUGAAGCCCGGGUCAGGCACGUUGGGGCUCGACCCCGAUUUCGACGACAACUCCGGUAGCCCCGAGCAGGUGGAGAGACGGCGGGAGCGUGGUUUGCUCAAGGGCGUGGGGACUAGGUACAGGGGUCCUCCGCCGGGCACGCACGGCCCUUGGCGAUGGGGACAGCUGGUCAAGGGCUCCGCGUUGGAGGAGGUGGUGUGGGUGACCGGAGCCGACCACGGUUUCGGAGAGCAGAUGGCGAUCAAUCUCGCCGUCAACGGGGCUAGAGUUAUUUUGUCGGGCACGAGCUUGGAGGAGCUCGAGCGCGUGCAGCGGCUCUGCAUCCUGGCUUGGAUGAAGGCCGUUGACUGGGAGCUCUUAGAUGCGAUUCUGGAAGGCUUGACUCGAUUGGACCGAGUCAUGAUCAUGCCCCUGGACGCGCGCGACACCUUCAUUCUCGACCGCGCGGCGAGCAAAGCCGAAGAGAUGCUGGAUCGCCCCGUCGGCAUGGUGUUCCACUGUCAGGGCGGUGGCGUUGUCGCUGGGGAGUGGGACGAAGAGGAGGAAGAAGAAGGGGAUUUGGAUGUCGAGGACGCGUCGGGGAACCUCCGGGGAGCUAUCGCGCUCACGAAGGCCGUGCUCCCAAGCAUGCUGGAUGAGCAGGAGGGGCAUUUGGUGGUGCUGGGCGGAGAUGAUUCUUUCGCAUCCCGUGAGGAAACGUCUUCGCCGGCGGGGGUCGUUUCGUCAAAGCAUGCCGCCCGAGGUUACUUCGACCGUCUUCGAACAGAGGUUUCGAGAGACGGCGUGAAGAUCACCACGGUGCUUCAUCACAGCGGGUGCACUGGGAGCACUUCGGCACAGCAAACGCCUCCAAAACAUGGAGGCGAUACCGCCGCUUCAAGGGCCACUAUCCCUACAGCAACGGAACCAACCGGUCGAGCACAGGCGCCGUUACGCAUAGACACGGCCACCGCCGCGAGGAAAGUUUUGGUGGCGGUUGCUAGGGGUAAAGCAGAGGUAUCCUUGCGUAGAAGAAGCUUGCCCGGGCUCGCGGGCUUAGAAGCUCGGGUCCGCACGCUGCCGAGAAGGCUUAAGAGGCGCUUGAGUUGAUUCAAUUGCUGCAAGGGGGACAGGAGCGUGAGAGGGUGGAGUGCGUUGUCUUGUUGUCGGGGGUUUUGUGGUCGAGGUCCUUGUAUGCUGGUGCUUUCGUCAGGUUCUUUCGUGGACGGUUGCGUGCGAAUGUGAUUGCGGGGGGAGUGGCCAUGUCUUUCGAGUGCCCGGAAGGCUGGCUUGGCGUCUAUCGCAGGGUCGUGCUUCGGAUGAGUUGGUCGCGUCCAAGCGACGGCCGUCGUGAGCCUGAUUUUAUUGUCUUGAAGAUCCGCUGAACCACAAAGCUCGGUCUCCCCCAUCAACAUCAGGCAUCAGAGUGUUUUUGCGGUUCACUAGACCAGCCUACAGUUGUGCCUACGGUACUGAGUAGAGAAAGGAAUCCUUGUUUUCGUGCAGACAGCAACACGCGCCACGCACAUAUGAUGGAAGAAGCGGUAUAAUUCCGCACAAAUGUCGACUGUCGAUUUCGACUUCGGAAGCCCCCAGUAUUCUCUUCAGCAACGGUUGAUGGGUGAUCUGCAUUUAUUUGUUUUUGCACAUUUUGGAUUCAGGUUCGUCCGUUCCCGCUGAUAAGGACUUCCUUUUAAUCCGUUUGACUUUGCGGAAAGGUUUCCCCUCUGUAGGAAAAAUGUACCUUGUAGGGUACAUACAGCAGUAGACGACGCGUGUUGGAGUUCUUACAAGCAGUGGAAUGUUGAACAAAAACGCCUGCUGGGUACUGGGCAUAUUUUUUGUCGCCCAUCCAUCUAU